ACAAACAGAUAGCAUACUUGAAAUUCAUGACAAGCAAAUUAUCCUCAGAAACCAUAGGUUUCAAUUUCAAUAAUAUCUCAUCUCAAAUUUUGGAUUUUGUCAGAUCCGAGAUUCGAUUAUCUAUUAUCUAUCAUCAGUUAACAAUUAUCCUAUCCAAUUCACAUUCCAGGUCAAUCAAAAUCUCGAAAGUGGAAAUUUUGGAUUUUGUUUUGAUCCCCUUCAGUAGGAGAAAAACCCUAUAAAAAUGUUUCGUCUGGAGCAGGAAAAGGUUCGAAAACGAAUUUGAUUUUUCCGUCGUCUGUUUUCUCAAUUGAGGAGUUUCUCACCUGAGGCCGUCGACAUGGCCGACGCUCUCUCGGUAAUUCCUAAUGCUGUGCUCCGCAACCUUGCUGACAAGCUCUAUGAGAAGCGCAAGAAUGCUGCUCUUGAGGUUGAGGGGGUUGUAAAGCAGCUCGCUGCUGCUGGGGAUCACGAUAAAAUCACGGCAGUGAUCAAUUUGUUGAUUUCGGAAUAUACUUUCUCGCCACAAGCAAAUCAACGGAAGGGAGGAUUGAUAGCACUAGCUGCCGUGACAGUUGGGUUGGCUAAUGAAGCCUCUCAGCAUCUCGAGCAAAUCGUGCCCCCAGUGUUGAAGUCUUUCUGUGAUCAAGAUAGCAGAGUUCGUUAUUAUGCUUGUGAAGCACUUUACAACAUUGCCAAGGUUGUGAGAGGGGAAUUUAUUGUAUUCUUUAAUCAGAUCUUUGAUGCCUUAUGCAAGCUUUCUGCAGACUCAGAUGCUAAUGUACAAAGUGCUGCUCAUCUCCUGGAUCGGCUUGUGAAGGAUAUUGUGACUGAAAGUGAUCAGUUUAGUAUUGAAGAAUUUAUACCAUUGCUGAGGGAGCGCAUGAAUGUCCUGAAUCCAUAUGUUCGUCAGUUUUUGGUUGGAUGGAUUACUGUGUUGGACAGUGUCCCAGAUAUUGAUAUGCUGGGCUUUCUUCCUGAUUUUCUUGAUGGUUUGUUUAAUAUGUUGAGUGAUCCUAGUCAUGAAAUUCGUCAGCAAGCUGAUUCAGCUCUUUCUGAGUUUCUUCAAGAGAUUAAGAACUCCCAAUCUGUAGAUUAUGGUCGCAUGGCUGAAAUACUGGUUCAGAGGGCAGGAUCUCCAGAUGAAUUUACUAGAUUAACAGCUAUCACAUGGAUAAAUGAGUUUGUCAAACUUGGUGGAGAUCAGCUUGUUCCAUAUUAUGCUGACAUUCUUGGGGCCAUUCUGCCUUGCAUAUCUGAUAAAGAAGAGAAAAUUCGAGUGGUUGCUCGUGAAACCAAUGAAGAACUACGGGCAAUCAAGGCUGAUCCGGCAGAAGCAUUUGAUGUAGGAGCAAUCCUGUCUGUUGCUAGGAGACAAUUAUCAAGUGAAUAUGAAGCUACUCGAAUUGAGGGUUUGCAUUGGAUAUCAACUCUUUUAAACAGAUAUCGUGCUGAGGUUUUGACAUUUCUGGAUGAUAUAUUUGACACCUUAUUGAAAGCACUUUCAGAUCCAUCCAAUGAGGUUGUGCUUCUAGUUCUUGAUGUUCAUGCAUGCAUUGCAAAGGAUUCUCAGCACUUUCGACAGCUUGUUGUUUUCCUAGUGUACAAUUUCCGGGUAGAUAAUUCUCUUUUGGAGAGGCGUGGUGCUUUGAUAAUCCGUCGGCUUUGUGUGCUUUUGAAUGCUGAAAGAGUCUACCGUGAACUAUCUACAAUAUUAGAAGGGGAAUCUGAUUUGGAUUUUGCAUCAAUUAUGGUUCAGGCAUUGAAUUUGAUCUUACUCACUUCAUCGGAAUUAUCUGAACUUCGAGAUCUUUUAAAACAGUCGCUAAUAAAUCCUGCUGGAAAGGAUCUAUAUGUUUCCUUGUACGCCUCAUGGUGCCAUUCUCCAAUGGCAAUUAUAAGUCUCUGUUUAUUAGCUCAGACAUAUCAACAUGCAAGUGCUGUGAUUCAAUCUCUUGUGGAGGAGGACAUUAAUGUUAAAUUUUUGGUUCAACUGGAUAAGUUGGUUCGCUUGCUGGAAACUCCAAUCUUUGCAUAUCUUAGAUUGCAGCUUCUUGAACCUGGAAAACAUGUAUGGUUAUUUAAAGCAUUGUACGGUCUUUUGAUGUUGCUUCCUCAGCAAAGUGCUGCCUUCAAGAUACUGAAAACUCGUUUAAAAGCCGUGCCAUCAUAUUCUUUCAAUGGGGAACAAAUGAAGAGAACAUCAUCUGGGAAUCCUUACCAAAUUCUUCAUCAAAUGUCUGGAUCUCAAGCUAUUGAGGAUGGCGAUAUAACUGUCGAUGGUGGGAAAUCACAUAAUGGAAUCAAUUUUGGGGCAAGGCUGCAACAGUUUGAAAAAAUGCAGUACCGGCAUCGCUUGCAUGCUAAAGCACAAGCGCAGCUGCGCAAUAAUUCCACAUCAUUAUCAAAGGAGGGUUCCCAAUCACAAAGACAGGAAGAAGAACCGAGGCGAUUUCAGUCAUCUGACCUUAAUGCUCCUCCUUUAAGAUCAUCACAGAAAGGCUCCGGCCAGCAUCAACUAUAAUGUUAGUUAGUUAAUUAAUUAAUGUUUCUGCUCAUUUAGAGUCUUACCGUGCACAGAUCUCACUGGGUAUGUGAAGUUUGAGCGGGAUUGGGUGUAAAGUUAACCUGUAAAAUUGUAAAUUUAUAGCAGCUGCCUCUUUCUGCCAAUAGAGGUUGAGAUGGUGGUGAAAUUGGAAGCUUGGGCAUUACCGGGGAUAUUCUUUUGAAACCAGAGAUUCCCACGUGGUCGUGUUAUUAUUGUUAUUGUUAUUUUUUAUAUGAAAACCAUGUGGGCUAGUGGGAAUGGUUCUUAUUGCCAGAAGUUGCAUAUUGUUUACUUGUUCACUGUCUACCACCAUCUUACAAUAUACUUGCAAUAAUUGGUAUCGUG